GCCGCCGGGCAGCCCCACCGCUGGGGUCCUCGCCGAGAAAUGUCCGUCGCCAUGGAGACGGGGCGCGCGCAGGCCGCCGAUAAGCCGCGAAGGCACAGCCAAGGACAGUUUGGGGGACCUGGACCGCAGCCCUCGGCACCCAAUAGCACUGACGGCGAGCCCUUAACGGGCGCGUGAUGCCUCGGCUCGGCCGCCACCGUCAGCAUCUCGGCCCUUGCGGAGAGGGCGCCGGCCUACAGCCAGCUCCGAAAGCGCGGGUCGCCUAGCGAGGGCACGGGGAGGGGCCUCGGGCCGACUGGGUUUGUGGGAGACAUCCGUUUCCGGGGCCGCGGCCAUCGCGACCCUCGGCUCGACAGGUCCGCAGAGCUGUACGCAGGAGCUGACCCCGGCCACUACUGUCCCUGAGUCCUGGUUGCCUUCGCUCCGCCGCCCGCCUCCUGAGCCAGUCAUGUUGGAGUAUCUGAGCUCCCUGCCCACGCAAAUGGAUUACAAGGGCCAGAAGCUAGCUGAACAGAUGUUUCAGGGAAUUAUUCUUUUUUCUGCAAUAGUUGGAUUUAUCUACGGGUACGUGGCUGAACAGUUCGGGUGGACUGUCUAUAUAGUUAUGGCGGGAUUUGCUUUUUCGUGUUUGCUGACACUUCCUCCGUGGCCCAUUUAUCGCCGGCACCCCCUCAAGUGGUUACCUGUUCAAGACUCAGGCACAGAAGACAAGAAACCAGGGGAAAGAAAAAUUAAGAGGCAUGCUAAAAAUAAUUGAUUGGGGUUUUCAUGAUUGAGCUUUACUACUGCACCUGCUUUUGUUUCGUGUGACAUGAGCUAAAUUGUUUUCAUAUCCAAAACAUGAGCUAAAAACACCUAUGCUCAGCUGUGUACAGAUUUUGUUCUCUGUAUUUCACUUCUAUGUUGGGUUUUGAUUUAUAAAUAUUUUAGACCUUCUCGUCACAAUCCUUCUCUGAAAUGGAGAACAGAAAACACAAGUAUGCAAAGUUUCUUUCAGGUCUACAAAAUAAUGAAGAAUAAAAGCCUCAUAAAUGAUAGUACAAAUUAACUAUCAAAGUUUUAUAAUUCAUUAUGAGUCAUCAGGCUGUUUUAGUGUUUUCAAAUAAAACUCACAGUGCAA